UCAUAAACCCCUAUUCCAGUCAUACUGUAGUAAACAAACAUCAGACAGUUGUGUGUCUUUAAAACACUGACCUCUGCUAAUAUUUAACCAGAAACUGACCAAAGCCAGAUUUUCUCAUUACUACAGAAGAAACAUGUCAAACUUGAUGGGAAACCAAGGAAAGCGUAGUGUGUUAACAUUUUACACCAUUUACCUCAUCAUAUUUGUCUCUUCUUGCACAUCAUCUUCUCCUCCAUCAACAUCAGUUCCUCUCUUCAACGAAAGACCUUUUGUGCUCUUCUGGAAUGGACCUAUUUCCAAAUGCCAACAGCUAAAAAUCACCCUCGAUUUAUCACUGUUCCAGGCUGUCACCACACCCGCAAGGGUAAGCAAUCAAUCCCUGACCUUGUUCUACAAAAACCGAAUUGGGCUUUUCCCCUAUGUGGACGAUCACUCUUUCAAAGAGUAUAAUGGUGGCAUACCGCAAAGAGGUAAUUUAUCUGCUAGUCUAAAGAAAGCUAAAGACGAGUUUACUCAGUACAUACCCGACUCAUCUUCUGGCUUGGCUGUCAUGGACUGGGAAGAGUGGCUUCCGAUGUUUGACCGAAAUUUGGAAAUAAAAGAGAUCUACAAGGACCUGUCCAUCAACUACACCUUGGAGCAUAACGUUUCCCUUAACCUGCAACAGGCUGCCAGCAAAGCUAAACAAGAAUUCCAAAAGGCAGCAAGAAGUUUUAUGGAGGAAACUUUAAAGUUAGGGGUCGCUCUUAGACCUCAGUACCUGUGGGGCUACUAUUUAUUCCCAGAUUGCUAUAACUAUGAAUUUGAGGUUCAAAACUACACAGGUGUUUGUUCAGAGCACACAAAACAAUUGAACGAUAAACUCUUCUGGCUGUGGGAGAGAAGUACAGCCCUUUAUCCAUCAGCAUACCUGCCGGCAAAUAUAAGUGGAAGCAAAACCGCAGCGCUGUUUGUUCGUCACCAAGUGCAAGAGGCAAUGAGAGUUGCAGCCUUACCGAAACAUAGCUACACUGCACCUGUUUAUGUCUAUUUACGUCCCCUUUUACGGGACCAAAAGGAGAUUUACAUGAAUGAGAAUGACCUGGUCAGUAGUAUAGGUGAAAGUGCAGCUUUGGGGGCUUCCGGAUCUGUUCUUUGGGGGGCUAGUGCCGAUUAUAAUGACAAGGCUUCUUGUGAAGGAUUAUCUGCAUACCUGUCUGACACAUUAAACCCCUACAUUGCCAACGUCACCGCUGCGGCUGAUUUCUGCAGCAAACAUCUUUGUCAAGGCAACGGACGCUGUGUCCGCAAAAACUACAAUUCGGAUCACUAUCUCCACCUCAGUUCAGAGAGCCACCAAAUCAGAAGGAUUGCUGAGAAAUAUGUGGUCUCUGGGACCCCAUCACUGAAUGACCUCAAUGACUGGGCAGACAAAUUCACCUGUCAGUGCUACAGAGACAGAAAGUGCUCGGCUAAAAUCACCUUUUAGACAUCGGACAAAAAAUGAAUUCAAUUAAAAUUGGUGAAAAAAUGAAAUGGGUUAUCACACAAAAUAAACUUUCACUUAAAAUAAGAAAUAAGUGCACUUUUGGGUACAAAUUUGUCCUCAAAAUGUAGUUAAGUAGGUAAACACCCAAUAAUAUUAACUUACAUGACAUUAACAUCCUGUAGAAGAAUGAUAUGUACUAACAUACUGUAGAUAUUGUUCUCCUACAAGAUGUUAAUGUCAUGUAAGUUCAUGGCAGAUAAGAUACUGUAUAAUCAUGCGUCAUCAGUUUUGAGUAGAUUGAUAAAUCCUGAAUUAUCAUCAGAGAAUAAUCUAAAUAUAACUCAUGUGCCCUUGUUAGUGUUCUGGUCUUGUAGGAUACCAGCUGUAGUUGCAUAAUCCACUUUAAUCUUUUCUCAGUACGUCUUAACAGGUUUUUCCUUUUAGAUGGCAAAAAUCCAAGAUGACCUGCCUUCACCUCAACAUUACAACUAAUAUAAAGUGUGACCAACAACGUUACAGCACAUAUUUGACCUUCAACACAGAUGUGUCAGAUACUGAUGUACAACAAUCUGUUAACAUGUGUACAGAAUAUCAUCUUACUGUAGAUCCACUGUCAACUAUUAAUAAAUCAU